GACCCCGCCCGCCCGGGCCGCGUCCCUGCGCGCGGGCCGGCUGCGGCUCCCCGGCAGGAGCCUGAGGAGCAGGUGGGGGCGACGGCCCCGCCUCCGCGUCCCGGCAGCCCCAGAGCUGGCGGCCGGGGAGUGAGCGGCGCUCACCGAGCGCAGCACCCAGCGCAGCUUGGCCCCAGCGGCGCCGCUUGGAGCACGGACGCUGCGGGACGGAGCCCGGAGCCUAGAGGCGGCGGCGGCGGCGGGGGGGACGUCGGCCAGAGACGAAUCCUGUCCUGUCCUCGGCACGACCAGCGGCAGAGCAGAGACCAUUCUCCUGGGACCAUUCCUAAGAAAGAAACACCCACACUGUGACAUAUGCCACUGCCACCGCCACUGCCACCUCUGCCUCCGCCUCCCCCCCCAUCAGCGCCCCCGGUAAGUACAGAUGCUUCCAGCUUGAGAAAGACAGAUCCCAAAGGUCGGAGUGCACUGUUGGCUGAUAUCCAGCAAGGAACUCGCCUACGAAAAGUCACGCAGAUCAAUGACCGCAGUGCCCCGCAAAUCGAGAGUUCUAAAGGAACCAACAAAGAAGGAGGAGGUCCUGCAAACUCUCGAGGCGGGAGCAUGCCCCCAGCCCUGGGAGAUCUGUUUGCUGGUGGCUUUCCAGUGUUACGACCAGCAGGCCAGAGGGAUGCAGCAGGCGGCAAGACAGGGCAGGGCCCUGGCUCCCGAGCGCCUUCUCCCCGGCUUCCCACCAAAACUAUCAGCGGCCCGUUCAACCCCCCUGCAUCUCCCAGGCUAGGCGACGCCUCCGAGGCGCAUGGCGUGGCCGGGACGGUCCCUCCUCGCCCCAGCAUGCCCGCCCCACCUCCCCCGCCCUUACCCCCGGCCCUGCCCCCGUCCUCCCCCGCCAAAGCCCCGCUGGUGUCCCCACCUGGCCCACCGACCAAGGGGAGCGCCCCGGUGCUCGCACCCCCUCCGCCCUGUGCACCGCCGCCUCCACCCCCGCUGCCCCCGGCCUUGGCUCCCAGUGACAAGGCGGUGAGGCCUCAGCUAGCCCGCUUGCACCUACCGCCCAUCCCGCCCCCGCUGCCUCUUCUCCCACCUUGCGGGUACCCUGGGCUCAGUGCGGACGCUCCCAGCCCUGCCCAAGAUGUGCCGGAGCCUCCAGCCCCUCCGCUCCCGCCGCCCCCACCGCCCCCGCUCCCCUCUUACGCCCCACGCACCCCCAGAGCCUCUCUGCCUGCGCCCCCUUUGCCGGGCGCUAACAACAGCGGUGAAGUCCCACCCCCACGGCCCCCCAAGUCCCCAUGCUUCCAGGCCCAGCCCCUCGAGUCCAGCGCGCAGGCCUUGCCGGCGCCACCUGCCCUUCCGGGGUCUCAGACGUUCCCGCAGAAGAAGAGGCCCGGCCGAAGCCCCGCGACCAGUGGGGGAAAGCUGAACCCACCCCCAGCACCCCCCGCGAGGUCACCCACCACGGAGCUUUCAAGCAGGAGCCAGCAGGCCCCAGCCUGGACCCUGACCCAGCAGCCUGGAAGUCAGCUGCGGAACGGAAGCCUGCACAUCAUUGAUGACUUUGAGUCUAAAUUCACGUUCCAUUCUAUGGAAGAUUUUCCUCCUCCGGAUGAGUAUAAACCAUGCCAGAAGAUUUACCCCAGCAAGAUCCCCAGAAGCCGCACACCUGGUCCCUGGCUCCACACUGAGGCGGCCGGCCAGAGCUCCGAUGACAUCAAAGGCAGAAAUACUCAGUUAUCGCUGAAGACACUCCGGUGAGAAGACAGAUGAAGCCAACGUCCUGUGAGCCACCUGGGGGUCCAUAUGGCGGGGUGGACAUCCCCAGGAGAAUGUCAGACCUCACCCUUCUCAAGUUGUAAUUCAGUUGACAUACA